UGCUUGGACUUGAGUACUAAGAGAGAGCGAGACCGAGCAGUGGACCCCGACCAGAAUUCAGAGCCAGGGAUAGCCAGUGGACCAGCGCGGUGACUCUGCACACACACACACACACACACCUCAACAGCCUCUUUGGGAAGAGCACAGGUUUGGCGUGGAUCAUGGAGAGUCUCCUCCUCCUCCUCUUGGUUGUACUUUUGGCCGGUACGGCCUUGUCUCAGGACAUGCCCCAUGAGCACCUACUGGCCCAGCUCCAGGCUUGCCCGAAGGAAUGCCGCUGCCCUCCAAGCUUCCCCAACGCCGUCUACUGCGACAACCGGGGCCUGAAACGCGUCCCUGUGAUCCCACCUUACACCUGGUACCUCUACCUGCAGAGCAAUGGGAUCGAGGUGCUUCCAGAGGAUGCUUUCCGCAACGCCACCCAGCUUAAGUGGCUCAACCUGAACCGUAACAGGUUGACCAAUGAGGGGCUCCAGGAAGGUGCUCUCCGGUCAAUGCCUAACCUUGUGCACCUGUACAUGGAAGACAACCAGCUGGGCUCUGUGCCUUCUCCCCUGCCGCCCAAGCUGGAACAGCUGCGCCUCUCCAGAAACCGCAUCUCCAAGAUCCCAGCAGGCGUGUUUGCUGGCAUGGACGGCCUGACUCUGCUGGACCUGCAAGGGAACAAGCUCCAGGAUGACGCGGUGACCGAGGUUAGCCUGAAAGGCCUGACCAACCUGGUCCAGAUCAACCUGGCCAAGAAUCAGUUGGGUAUGAUGCCAUUGGGUCUGCCACCGACCAUGACCCAGAUCUAUCUGGACAGCAACAACAUCGAGAAGAUCCCCCCAGAGUACUUCAAGGGACUUCCCAAGGUGACAUUCCUAAGGCUCAACGAGAACAAGCUGGGAAAAGGUGGAAUUCCCAAGUACGUGUUCAACACCUCCAGCAUCUUGGACCUGCAACUGUCACACAACGAGCUGACCGAGAUUCCCCACAUUCCGGCUAGCCUUGAGCAGUUACAUCUGGACCAUAACAAGAUCAAGAGUGUAAAUGGCUCAGAUAUCUGUCCAGUGCCUGCUGGUGCUGACUACUUUGAUGAUAACAGUCCCCGUCUGCGCUACCUCCGCCUUGAUGGCAACGAGAUCCAGCCGCCCAUUCCUCAUGAUCUGAUGGUCUGUUUCAGGUCUCUCAGGGCUGUGGUCAUCUAAAAACCAUGGCCACUU